UUAUACGCUGCUGAAAAUAUCUCAAAAUUGUUUGUAGCGGCAAUAUGACGGCCGUACCAGGACGAGCUCUGCACUAUGUAUUCAAAAUUGGUGAUCGCAGCAAGAAUUCCUUCUUCUUCCGCACGAUUCUGGGAAUGCAGGUUUUGAGGCACGAGGAAUUCAAAGAAGGCUGCGAUGCCGAAUGCAACGGACCCUAUGAUAAUCGCUGGAGCAAGACCAUGGUCGGCUAUGGGCCAGAGAAGUCGCAUUUUGUCAUUGAGCUAACGUACAAUUAUGGCGUGAAGAGCUAUGACCUGGGCAACGACUUUGGCGGCAUCACCAUCAACUCCAAGGAUAUCUUAAAGCGUGCCGCCGAGCACUCAUAUCCCAUUGCCAAGCAGGGCGAUAAAAGUGUUUUAACCUCGCCAGAUGGCUAUAAGUUCUACAUUGUGGACACAGCGCCCGGCAGUGAUCCGAUGCAACAGGUUGAGCUCCAUGUAACCAAAUUGGAUGCGUCACGCAAGUACUGGACUGAGCUGCUCAAGAUGAACGUGUUGAGUGCCAGCGAGGACUCCAUUCUGCUCGCAUAUGACGCGAAACAGACAGCUCUACGUCUAACGGCUCUGAAAGAGCCCCUGGAUCGGGCCAAGGCAUAUGGUCGCAUUGCCUUUGCGGUGCCUGCAGCCAUCCAGAAGCCAUUGUUCGAUGAGGUCCAGAAGGCGGGCGGCACCAUAUUGAAGCCAUUGAUAACACUGGACACACCCGGCAAGGCGACCGUCACGGUUCUAAUUCUGGCCGAUCCCGAUGGUCACGAGAUAUGCUUUGUCGAUGAGGAGGGCUUCUCGGAGCUCUCCCAAGUGGAGGAAAAUGCUGCGGCGCAACUGGACAAGUAUAUACACAAAGAUCCAUUCCAGGAGAAGUAGCAGGGGCAG